CGCAAUGACACCGAGAGCGGAAAAUUUCGAGUUCUUUUUUUCUGUCGGAGUCCUGUAGUCUCAGGGGAAACCCAUGCGCACUUCCUUUUUUUCAGACUAUAGACCUAUAAAUACGGGCACAUGUAUGGUUUACAGCUUAAAAAUUGCUGAACACGACAAUGAUCUGCAGCCUUUGCUGUAUCUAGUGAGGACUGACUCAUCUACAGCCCAAAACAAUAACAGAGCGGCUCGAAACGGGCAAAGCAAACACUACGCUCCAUUGGAUUUAGCUGUUUCCUUGAGCUGCGACAAACAUGACAGCCGCCGACCCCGAGAGUCUGGUGGAGCGCUCCCGUGGACGUUGCCUGGAUAAAUUUCUUCUCGCUUCUGUGGUGUUUCUGUUUCUGGCGGUAUUCGGAGCCGCAGCUGGCGCGGCCGUGUUUCUCCAGAACCUGAAGAGUAGUGAGGAAAGGAUCGCGGAUCUCCCCACUCCCAGUUCGAGACGAGCGCUACCCGGGGAGCCUUACUACAAGAAAAUUGCAUAUGUGCAUGCAGACACAGGCAAGAUCUCCAACCAGUCUAUGAAGUGGCGAUCCGUGAGAAGCGCUGGGGGAAACCCUGUGGGGACCCUCUUUACGUUCAACCAAAUCACAGGCGUAAUUUCGCCCACCGUGGAAGGGAUGUUCUACCUGUACGUCGAUUUGGUGCUGACCUGCACAGCCAACUGCAAGAGCGGCUCGGUGACUGUUACAUUCAUGAAUAAGAACGAUGUUGUGCUGGACUGCCGCAUCGACAUCCCGGACACCUUUGACACACAGGUGCAAAAGUGCUGGAACAUUACAACUCUGUCUUCACACAGCCAACUCCAUGCCAGUAUGAAAGUGGACACCGAGCAGUCAGACUGGAAGCUGGAUGAGAACCGAUCGGGCUUCGGGAUCUUCCUGAUCGAUCAGCUGAACCGAUAAAUGGAGCUGUCUUCGCCAACGCGGAGUGGUGGACUCGACAAGUAGCAGAGAAGGAGUAGCGCUGCAGAGCCUCAGCAGCCAGAGCUGCAGUUCCUGCUGCCUGCCAGAGGGAGCAGCAAAGGGACUCUUCCUUCUGAAAGCUGGACUGUUUCUGGGUGCAAACAGCUAUAACCCACAGGGGCUGAGGACUGGUUAUGUGCCAUAAAGGACAGGAAUCCUUCCAGCUGUACGAUAGACUGGCUCUGGACAAUAACAGGGACAAACAAAUCUCCAUCUCAGUUGUGGUUUUGUAAUGUUUUCAGAAAGCACUGUCAUUUUGCUACUAUUUAUUGAUAUUUAUAUAACUAUUUGUUUAUAUAAAAUGUAUUUAUUUUUAAUAUAUACACAUUUGUGCACAUAUUUAUGUGUAAGACAAAGCACUACUACCUAUUACUUGCAAACCGAGUACUCUAAUUUUGCCAUUAAAACCUCCACACUCUGUAUCAAGCCUACAUCCAGGUGGAUGCUGCACAUUGUUGGUGGUGGAGGGGAGUCCCCAUUACCUGAAAAGCCCUUUGAGUGGAGUGUCCAGAAAAGUGCUAUAUAAGUGUAAGCAAUUAUAAUUACUUUACAGAGCAUCAUUGUAAUAUGGGUCUCUUUUUGUGGUGAAACAUAUCUGGUCCUAAUCUCAGUAAAACAGGCCUCUUUGCACUUUAUUCAUUCUGUUUUACUGUUUUAUGUCCUAAUAUUUCAGAUCAGCUCUGGAGUGAACUGUAUCUAAAGGAUAGGGAGCCACGCAGUUAAAUUUUCAAAUGCAGCACAAGAUGGUUCAGUCUACAUCUGUAAAAGAAAAAGUGGGACAUCUUUUCAGGGUCUUACCAGGACGGGGUAGUGUGCGGACCAUUACUGUAUGUCGUUUUUGACCUCCACAUGACCUCUGAGCAUAAACCUGUUUCCAUGGCAAUUUUUGCAUUAAGAGAUGCUAGGCCCAAAUGAAGACCAUCACACCUACCCACGUACAGGAUUAUAUGCGGACACAUUCAUAACAAGAGAACAGAAUGGUUGAAUGCAACCUGAAUGAUUUUUCUUGUCAUUUCUUAAUUGCUGGUAGCCACAGGCGGUAAAACUAUUGACGAAUGUAUGAAAACUACAAUAAAACUGUCCGUUUUA